UUAAAUAGGUGUACUGAAUUGACUGUGAUAGUUUAUGUAAAAAUGGUCUGAAGAACAGUUUACACAACGUUUCGAAUACCUCCAAUUCACACCUUGCGAUCGCGAUUCACAGAUUCAAGCCACUCCCACAGCAAUUCACUGCUAAAAGCGAUGACUGUUCUACAUCAGAUUCAGAACAAAUCAAGACACAACAGUGCGUAUUACAACUACAAGAAUGGAAAAUGUGUGCAGGAGUGAUGCAGAAGCACGAAGAAGGAAAAGUAAAGAUACUGAAGAGCAAGACCUGAUGGAAACUCAAGAACUGAACGAGGGAGAGAGGAAUCAUUUGACAACAGAACAAUCUCUCAGUUGCUCACAGGCUGAAAACAACAAAACAGUAGCCAAAAAAUCAUUCCCAUGCCCUCAGUGUGGCAAGAGCUUUACACAAAAAGGAAACCUUAGGAUUCACUUUAGGAUUCACACUGGAGAGAAGCCUUUCGAAUGUCAGCUGUGCGGCAAGAGUUUCACAGAUCCAAGAAAUCUCAGAGAUCACCGGCUCUCUCACUCUGGAGAAAGAGCGUUUUACUGCGAUCAGUGUGGCAAAGCAUUUAUGUUUGCAGCACACCUGAAGAGACACCUGAGAAUCCAUACAAAUGAUAAACCAUACUUGUGCUCCAUUUGUGGACAGAGUUAUUCGCGGAUUGACCAUUUUAAAGAGCACCAGAAAUUACAUGCCAAUGUGCGAGCACAUGUGUGCUCUGAGUGUGGGAGUUCCUUUAAUUUAGCCAGCCACUUGAAAGACCACCAAAAACUUCACACUGGAGAGAAACCUUACAAGUGUUCACACUGCGGAAAGAGUUUCUCGCAGUCAGGAUCUAUGAAAAAACAUGAGAGAAUUCAUACAGGAGUGAAGCCAUACAUUUGUCCUUCAUGUGGGAGAGCCUUCUGUCAGUCAAGUGCACUGCUGAAUCAUAAAAGAAAGCAUUGCCCAAAGUUGUCACAGUGAGAAAAAUAAAUAAUGCACAAAAAAAA